UCUCUCCCCGCCUCCCGGCCUCCGCAUCUACGCGGGCCGUGACUGGAGCUCGGCCAGAGCCCAGUCACGCCCGGAGCCGGAGCCGGAGUCGCAGAGACGUGGAAACAUGGAGGCCUGAACCGGCGUUCGCCACCCGGUCUGCAGCGCGACCUCGCUUCUCUGACGUUCUGCACUCCCGUCCGUCCUCAGUCCGCCGUCCGCGGGGCUGGACGCGGAGCUCCCCGCAGGCUGACACAGGUGGUUUUGUGGAAAUGCAGGUGUGAGGACAAGUUAUCUACCACAUUAGAAGAUGGGAUCAAAGAGCAGCAGGAUCAGUGAUCUGCCUAAAAAUGAGUACUUGAAAAAGUUAUCAGGCACAGAAUCUGUCUCUGAAAAUGACCCAUUUUGGAAUCAGCUUCUUUCGUUUUCUUUCCCUGCACCAACUAGCAGUACUGAGUUGAAGCUGUUAGAAGAGGCAACCAUUUCAGUCUGCAAGUCUUUAGUUGAAAACAAUCCUCGAACAGGAAAUCUUGGUGCAUUAAUUAAGGUCUUCCUUUCUAGAACCAAAGAACUCAAACUUUCAGCAGAAUGUCAGAACCACAUCUUCAUUUGGCAGACACAUAAUGCUUUGUUUAUUAUUUGCUGUCUGCUAAAAGUAUUCAUCUGUGAGAUGUCUGAAGAGGAGUUGCAACUUCAUUUUACUUAUGAAGAAAAAUCUCCUGGCAGUUAUAGUUCUGAUUCAGAAGAUCUUUUGGAAGAAUUGCUCUGUUGUUUGGUGCAGUUAAUUACUGAUAUUCCACUCUUAGAUAUUACAUAUGAAAUAUCAGUGGAAGCUAUAUCAACAAUGGUUGUUUUCCUUUCCUGUCAACUUUUCCACAAGGAAGUUUUACGGCAGAGCAUAAGUCACAAGUAUUUAAUGCAAGGUCCAUGUCUUCCAUUUACCAGCAAACUUGUGAAAACCUUAUUAUAUAACUUUAUCAGACAAGAAAAGCCACCUCCUCCAGGAGCCCAUAUCUUUCCCCAACAAUCAGAUGGGGGAGGACUGCUGUAUGGACUGGCAUCAGGAGUAGCAACUGGUCUCUGGACUGUCUUCACAUUAGGAGGUGUGGGCAGCAAAGCCACUGCUUCUCCAGAACUUUCUUCUCCUCUGGCCAACCAAAGUCUCCUGCUUUUACUGGUGUUGGCCAACCUGACAGAUGCUCCAGAGGCACCAAACCCAUACAGACAGGCCAUUAUGUCCUUUAAGAAUACACAAGACAGCAGUCCUUUUCCCUCAUCAAUUCCACAUGCCUUCCAGAUUAACUUUAACAGUUUGUACACAGCCCUUUGUGAACAACAGACAUCUGAUCAAGCAACGCUCCUCUUAUACACACUGCUCCAUCAGAACAGCAAUGUCAGAACAUACAUGUUGGCCCGCACAGAUAUGGAGAAUCUUGUUUUACCAAUUCUUGAGAUUCUGUAUCAUGUUGAAGAAAGAAAUUCACACCAUGUGUAUAUGGCUCUCAUAAUACUGUUGAUCCUUACAGAAGACGAUGGCUUUAAUAGGUCCAUUCAUGAAGUGAUAUUAAAAAACAUUACGUGGUAUUCCGAACGGGUUUUAACUGAGAUUUCACUGGGUAGUCUCCUGAUUCUGGUGGUAAUAAGAACCAUUCAGUACAACAUGACACGGACAAGAGUUUUACCAAUUCUUGAGAUUCUGUAUCAUGUUGAAGAAAGAAAUUCACACCAUGUGUAUAUGGCUCUCAUAAUACUGUUGAUCCUUACAGAAGACGAUGGCUUUAAUAGGUCCAUUCAUGAAGUGUCAGAGAGCAGCUGGGUUGGUUACCCAUUAUAUCCUGUGUCACAGCUAGCAGUUGGUGCCUCUGCCAGCUGGAGAAGUGUUGAGUGUUGGGUGUCUUCAUGCACAGCCAGGAGUGAAGAAGCAGAGGUUCCAAGUUUCUAUGCCGUGCUGACCACAGAGUGGUCUACUUGA